AUGAGGAACCCACUAUCAUCCUCGAUAGCAGUUGCAGCCAUAGCAGCAUCUGUCAUGAUGAAUGGCGUGGUUGCUGAGAAUCUUGGAAAAUUCUUUUCGAGCGAAAUUGAAAUCACGUCUCCGUCGUGGAUGCAAGGAACAUUGGAUCACCGAGGAGCCCUUUAUGGACCUUUUCCUGCAGGAACAACCGUGCAACACGAGCUAUUUUAUACGACUCGCAAGCUGUGUGGCGAUGAAACACCCAGUCCACCCGAUGCAGUCAAGCAGCAAGGAUACUUUUUGCUGGUGGAUCGAGGAGGAUGUUCCUUUGUGGAAAAAGUGCGGAAUGCCCAACGAGACAAUGCCACGGCCGUCAUCAUUGCCGACAAUCAUUGUGUGUGUACCCGUCAGAGCGAAAUGGAUGGAACUGAUGGCAGCAUUGGUGGUGUAUGUCCCAACGAUCCAACCCAAGCCUGUGAAGAUGUGGUUCCAGUCUUGGACGACGAUGGAACAGGUGGGGAUAUCACCAUUCCCUCCUUUAUGAUUUACAAACCAGAUGCCGAGAUAUUGAUUGAACAAUUGAAACGUGGUACCGAUGUGGAGGUGAAUCUAUCUUGGCCCAUGCCCCAGGCAGUCAACGAACGGACCGAAUUCGUCUUGUGGACGACCCCCGAUGACAUUAUGAAUCAUCAAUUCAUCCACACCUUUGCCAAUGCCGUCAAGGAACUGAGAAAUCGGGCCAUGUUCAAACCUAAAAUGUUCAUCAAAGAUGGAACCGAAAAGGGAUGUCGUCGAUACGAUGCGGUGGAUCCUUGUCCAGGAUACUGCACCAAUUGGGGACGAUACUGCCCAUCUCGAUUGUAUGACUUUGAUCAAUACGAAAACAAGGGAGUCAAAAUGGUGGUCGAGAGUCUGCGACGAUCUUGUAUUUGGGAAAUUUAUGGUGAACGGGAUGGAAUCGGAAUGGAAUGGUGGGACUACAUGAAGGCUUGGAUCUUGCAGUGUGGUGCUGGUAGCCAAUAUAGCGCCAAGUGUGCAGAGGACAUUUAUGUUCAAGCUGGAGUGGAAAAGAGCUUGGUGGAACAGUGCAUGGAACAAUCGGGAAACUUUCGACACAACGUGGAGAAUGUACUCUUGGAUACUGCCAUUAUCGAGGCGGCCGAUUUUGAUGUCACAUUUGCACCCGCCUUGUACGUCAAUGACGCAGUGGUUCGUGGGUCUCUUACCUUUGAGAAUGCAUUGGACGCCAUUUGUGCUACUUUCCAAACGAGCAAUUCGGUUCCCUUUUUGUGUUCCACUUGGGAGGAUUGUAAAAAGACCUGUCCGGUUGAUGAAGAUUGCUAUAUUGAAAGCGGCGAAUGUCGGAUAUACCAAGAACCAAUCUUGGAAACACUGACAGUGUACGACAAUGAUGAUUACAUCUUUGAACAGUUUGGAAAUCCCACUGAUUCAACUCCCACAAAUGCAAUUCCAACCCGAUCUCCGACGGUCGAACCUGUCGCUGCACAACAACCUACCCAGUCACCAUUCAACAUGUGGCAACCGGUGCGUACGGCUACGCCAGUGGCACCCACAGCAACAGAACCAACCCAACAGCCAGUGGCACCCACAGCAACAGAACCAACCCAACAGCCAGUGGCCAAUCCAACCAGCACUCCAACGGAAAAUCCCACACAACGACCAACUACCCAUCCAACUACUAAGGUCACAAAUCGGCCCACUGUGUCUCCUACAAAGCCAGAAGUCAAACCUGUGGCUGCACCACCCACGCCUGAUUCCGGUUUCAAAGAAACCAUCCAAAUCUACGAAGGAAAUCGUGGUGGUGAAGCUGGUCCAGACAUUGCCCUCAUUCUUGGACUCAGUAUCGGUCUCGGCUGCGCCUUUUUGAUUAGUCUCGCCAUUUUCUUGAUCUUGAGGGAUCGUAAUCGCCAAGAAGACUUGCGACAAAUCUCUAUGGAAGACAGCCGCAGCCUCGUGUCCCACAAUUUCAUGGACGAAGAAUCUAUGGGCAGAGGGCGUCGAUUCCGCAUGCCUCGCAUGCCCCGAAGGCAUCCCGAUGAGCGCCGUUCGUUCCGAAAGCUUUUCCCUUCUCGACGACCCCGAUUUGAGCCAAGACCUCCUACACGCAAAUCGAGAAAGGCUUUUGAUGAAGUCUGGGACGAUCAACCGUCUCCCUUGGAACUGGAUGUUGUAGAGCGAGUCAGAGGUGACUAUGACGCUGAUAUUAGCGAUCCAGAUCGACCUACCAUAGCGAGGGGACCAAAGCAACCUCCUCGUUGGACCCGUGAUAUGAUUCCGGCCGACGACUCGUUCGAAGAAGAGUAUUGA